AUGUCGGAUACUGUCCAACCGCCGGGAACUCCGCCCGCUGCAGACACGCAAACCGCAACAACGGCAGACGAGCAGCCUGCGUCCCCCACCGAUAUGAAUAACACUGUCGUCGACCCAGUCAACCAUGCAACUAGAGACCCCAAGUUCAGUCCGGGAGCCGGCCAGGCCUUCUUUUCUACCGAACUUGGUACCCGCGCUCCCCGUUCACUAGGUCCAAUUCGUGCGCCCGUCAUCGCACGUAGCGUCCAAGGUCCUGCGGCUGUGGUGCAAGCAGCGACCCAUUGGCAGGUAAAGUACAAGAAUCAGUGUCUCUGCAUUCUACUCUCACAGGGGUGGACCGUGGAAGACCUAUGGGAUGCCGAAGAUGUCCACAUCGAGGGCAGGAAAUUCUGCGAAGAGAUGUUGACCUUCAUCUCCCGGAACACCUACUACGCAGCGGACCGAUUCGCUAAGGAUUGGGCGCUCGCGCAUCCAGAUCGAGUCGACUUUAUCGGGCUUCAGAUGGGCGACGUCUACGACAUCAACGAUCCGCUUGCCAUCGUCGACCAGAUCUUCGUGUUCGGCGAGCCUCUCGGGUUCCCUCGUGUGUUCCUCUGGCACGUCGCUCAUAUUCUGAUUACUACAUGGAUCGAGAUGAACAAGGCGACUAACGAGACACUGCGCGAGAGCCUGACGCCACAAGCACGCACUUGGGGUCAACAGUCCACCAAUGAAGCAACCCAGCCUUCGUCCACCCUUGUCGAGAUGUCUACAGACAAGAAAGGCAGUAAGAAAAACCGCAAGAUCACACGAUCUCGACCCAGCAAACUGACCACACCGGCAGAGCCUUCGUCCGCCGUCGAUAAGCCAGACCAUGUCGCGAAUGAGUCUUCCGAAGUACCAGAUCAGCCCAACAUGCGCUAUGCUCCUCCACGCAUCCCGUCGCAGGGUCUUGCUCAGCGUGGGGGCCAUUCUGCUCCAUUGAGGAGCGGCGAUAUGGGUGUUCCGGCAGGGCCCUCGAGACCGUCGCCCAACAUGCAUGCGCUAUCCUUGAACAUUCCAAAAUCCAAUCGUAACAUGAACUCCGGAUCCUACGUUCAGCAACGCGGCUGGGUCGAGAACAACAACCGCACUGCAUAUGGUCCAUACCCACGACAGCCUUCUGGCGCUAUGCCUGCCAUGCAGUCGCCUCACUUCCUACCCCCGCAAAUGGCACCGGGCCAACAUAUCGCACAGCCAAUGAUGUCGGGUGUAGUUCCGUAUGUUCAGGUGGUCCAUCAUGGCUUUGCUCUCCAGCACCCCGACCCUGGCCUGAUGUCUCGAGCACAACUCAACUACCAGCAGAACAUGAUGCAAGCUCAGCCAAUAAACCCUAUAUUCACGCAGCAGCCACACAGCCAGCACGUCUCGAUGGGCGACAUGACUAACAACAUGAUGCUUCAACAUCAGGAUCCUCGUGCGCCGGUCCCCCGUCGUUCCAAUCCACCGCGCAACCCCCAAGAGCUCUACGAUCCUUACGGUGGCAACAACCCUAAGUUCAACGGUGCCCCGGGUCAUAACAACACAGGCCGGAAGGGUGGUAACAGCGGCUUCGCCGCUCAGUCUGGUCGUGGCCGCAAAGUAUCCAACCCAGGCGGGCGAGAGUCAUAUAACAGGUCCAACGCUGAUUACAGCGGCAACGUUCCAUCCAGCGGACCUCGAUAUGCCGACUACAACAAUCGACGUCGCCCAUCGGAAGACGACCCGGCUAUCACUGGCGACUCCGUCUCUGGUUGCGGUCAUACAUGGAUUGGGCCCAAGAACCAGACCGUCACCGAGCUUUGGAUCGGAGAUUUGUUACCCGAUACCGGCGAGUCUGAAAUUGCACAGAUGUUCAAGCAGACGAUCGGCAUUAACCCUAUCGCGGUCUCCUUGAGGGGCAACAAGAUCGGUGCAAGUUCUAUUCAUGCCUUUGCUACGCGAUUCUACCAGAGGGAUAUACCAUCGAGUUCAAGCUAUUUCGAUCAGUCACAUACUGGGCGUGAUGCUUCACGCAUGUCGAUUCAGAAAGACGAUAAGCCUGUCACUGAUGUAGAGUCAAAUGCACCUAUAGAGAGCGCCAAGGCAUCGUACUCUCCCCAGGAUGCUAGAAGCGGCCUGUUGAAGAAGCCAUCCCCGCAGUUGGACGUUCCUAGCUAUCCAGAGACAGGAGACGUCAAGCUCGAGAUGCCCAAACAUCAGCAGAAAUCUCCUACAAAGAAGAACAAGGGCAAAGGUAGGCGCGAAUCAACAGUCAAGAACACCGAUGCAGCCGAUGAGAAGACGAAAGCUGCUGGGAAGCUGAACUCUGAUAGCCCAGCUGUCACGAAAGAGGAAGAAACCGGCACAGAGUCUGCCAAAACCAUCACUGAACCUACGAAGCCAGCGACUGUCGAUGGGCCUACUUCUUCGGCUGAAGAACAUAAAUCCUCUCCCUCCGAAUCUACACCAGCGCUAGACCAGCCGGAAAAUGUAGCCGACGCCUCUACCGUACUGCCACCCAAGGAUUCGGAGACGCCAGAGGCAGAACAAGACACCAAGACAACACAGAAAGAGCGUGACACUGACGUCCCUCUCAACUUCGCGGGCGCCCUUGCUAAGAAUCUAGAGACUAGAUCUGACGCUACUUCCAUCGCUAAGGAUAGUGAGAACACAGGUGGCGGGCCUUCCAGUACAGCUCCGAUAGAAUCGCCUGCGCAUUUAGCAGACAACGACGUCUCGGACGAUGAGGCCAAGAACGACACUAGCUUCCAUUCUGCGCCAGAAAUCCAGCCUGAGUCUGUGCAAGCGCAGCCGCAACCAGAGCUCCAGGACAAGGCGAUGACUACGAACCAUGAAACCACAAAGUCGCCAUCUAUACCUACCGAGACCAGCCUGAAUAAAUCCCCAACACUGAUCACCCCGCGCAAUACUACUCAGUCUGAUCCACCUGUAGCUGCGCCCCCAAAAAAAGAUACCGCGCCUCAGCUUCCAGCGUCGGAGAGUACACAAGAUCCUACAACAACCGCUACUGCUCAAGGAAACGAAGAGAUGUCAACAGCUGCAGAGACCUCACCCGUCACUGCAACCAAGAAAGCUGGUGCUCAGCAGAUGCAGUCGCUCCACCCGUUUGCGAAGAGCAACAAGUCUCAGGCCAAACGAGAAAAGGAGGCCAGAAAGAAGCAGCAGAGGAAAGAAGACGCUGAUCGGGUCGCUAAGGCGAAGGCUGAUAAGGCCGUAUCCUCGCAAAAGCCCAACGACGGUCCCUCCGCUCAGCGUGAGACUGGGUCUCUAGGAGACUCUGUGAACUCACCUGGAGCUACAGAUACAGUUGCUAAACCAGAAGCGGCCAACUCAAAGACUGGCGGUGAUAGCACCACAGGAAACAAGAAGUCCAAAGGCAAGGCAAAGAUGCAGCCAGCUGGUACCAGCUCUGCCGAUGGCGAAGACAAGGCUGUUGCCGAAUCGGAGAAUGGUAAACUCAAUGGUAAUAUCAACGAUUCCAAGGAUGUCUCUUCAGUAACUCACCAGGCGGAAAAGAUGGAGGCCUACCUCGCCGCGCCAGCCAACCAGGGAUCUUCGGGAGACUCUGGGGUAAUCCCAGCUGCUGAACCGACCCCAUCAACUCCACCAUCUGUCCCUUCAAUUACCCCAAAAACACAAGGCUCCUCCCAGAAGAUGCCCGCCCAGGAAGUAAAUGAUCCCCAUAACCUCACUUCCAAUCAACAAACUCACGUUCCAGGUCACUCUCGCCGCUCUUCCGCUUCUACGCUAGUCGGAGAAGAGCGAGUGCUACCGUCUGGUUCUACCCCUCCUGCCCCUACUCACCCGGACUCCUCGCGAACCGUCUCUCCUGAUGAAGCACCCCAGCUCGACGCCACCCCGACUGUAGCACCCAAGAAGAAAAAGAAGAAACCAAAAAAGAAGAAGACCGCGCCCGUCCUCCCUUCAAUUGAUCCCAAUCCCCCCAGCGACGGGGACUAUCAUAACUAUAAUCCUUUUUCGUCCCAAAUGAGCCACAUAGAUGCUAUUCGUCGAGCUAACAAGUACGAUACUACCUCCUACUAUGCGGUUACAAACGCGCGAAUGGAGAGGGAUGCUGAAGAGAGCAGAAGGGCUGCUCGAGCCCUUGCGGAUCUGAAUGAUCAUGCUAGCUGA